AUGUCAACACCAAUGUUCUUUAGCGAGACCUUAUUACCUGAGAAACCUUCUUCUCAAGAAGACAAAGAUAAACUUGAGGGAGGACCACCAACACGGAUUUCCUCUGCUAACAGGGUCCGAGCUCGCCGAAACAGACAUCAACGCAAAAAACAGCGCACAAGCAGUCCGCCUGACUACGAAGACUUUUUAGUGUUUGGCUAUGAAGCAAAAGCAUUCCGUGAUGAUGAAAUGGCCAAAAAAAUCAACGAUGGUGAACUCUUGAUUCCCUGGCGUGGCGAGGACACCACCGAGAACCGGAUUUUAUUGGAUAGAUAUGACGCGCGAAAUCUACUUGACGAUCGUGAACAAUUUCGCAAAGUGAUUUAUAGUCUCUCGCAGACUGAAGAAGAAAUUGAAGAGGAGAAGUUGUGUGAUGAAGAGCGGUGGGCGGAUUUGGAUUCUGAAGCGGAGGAAAUGUACGAUUUCUCGGAGGAAGAACGAGAUGUGUACAUUGUAGAAGAAAAAAGGAAGAGACGAAGAAUGCAAGAGGAGGAUAGAGAAUACGCGUAUGAAUAUUCAGAAGACAAACAACAACAAGAGACUAUAGAAGAAAAAUCAGAAAAGCAAGUAAAUGCUAUCGAGAACUCUGAAUAUACGCCCAAAUUUGUUGUACCGCGAAAGAUGGUUACGCCGAAAAGCGAAAGAGUCGAUGAAAUAAUUGAAAGAACCGCAAGAUUUCUCAAUACCAGUAAUGACCCACAAAUAGAAAUUGUACUGGAAGCGAAACAGGCGAAUAAUCCGAGCUUCAGUUUUCUGAAUAAAGACGAUCCAUUGUAUCCAUAUUAUAAACAUGUCAGAUUGCUCUUGCAAACCGGGUUAUUUGCUUAUGGUAAUGGCAGCGACGAAAGUGAAUCAAGCCAAGAGGAUGAUGAUGAAGAAGAAGCAGUGAGUGAACUACCACCACAAGUUGAAACAAGUGAUGAAAAAUCGCCACAGAUUUUGGAUCAACAGAAUAUAACCGAUGAGGUAGUUGAUUCCAAAGAAGGGCAAUGUGUAAAGAAGGAAAACGGACAAAUACUAGAUCAUCAUCAUCCGAAUGGAAUAAAUACGUCUAAGCCUUCUUCUGGAGCUCAACCUCCACCUAAACCUUACGGACCUGCUGUACUAAAAAUUACUCCUCGUUUAAGUGUACCAUCACCCGAGAUUCAGCUCGUGAUCGAUGAGCUCGCAGCCUACAUUGCCAAAAGUGGCCCGUCUAUUGAAUCAAAAAUUCGUGCACAACACAUCGACGAUCCGAAAUACAGUUUUCUUUUGCCGUGGAAUGAGUAUAAUCCAUAUUACAAAUUUAAGAUUCAAGAUGAAAGAAAUUUUUUGGAAAAAGUUAAAAAAGAGGAACAACAGCAUCAGAAUCGAGAAAUUGAAGAUGAUAAUGAAAUCAAUAAAGCACCGGAAAAGAAACUGAAUGAUGAUUACGAAACACCAUCAGAAUCAGAAGGUUCACUGUCGGAUAGUUAA